CCUCAUCUGUAAGGAGGGCCGGCUGCCAGCCCUUCAGGUUACUUUCUGUUUUGUCUCCACAGCCGCACGGAACGUUUGUCCGUUUGUCCGUUACCGUGUUCUUGUUAACUGCUUGCACGUUUGUCUGUGUUACCAUGUCCUUGCUAACUGUUUGUGCAUUUGUCUCUGUUGUUGUGUCCUUAUUAAUCGUCUUUACUGUCUGUGUCUUGGUGUGUAUUGGGGACAUAAUGGGGGAGACAGAAACCACUCCCCUAUCUCUUAUGCUCUCUCACUUCUCGGAUGUUAGGGAAAGAGCUCGUAUUCUGAGCACAGACAUAUGGAGAGAGAGAUUCCAAAUUUAUUGCAUAUCAGAAUGGCCAACCUUUGACGUUGGAUGGCCCCAGGAAGGAACUUUCCACCUACCUAUCAUCUUACAGGUUAAGACCGUGAUCUUCAGGGAUGAACCAGACGGCCACUCUGACCAGGUGCCCUACAUCCUGAUCUGGCAGGACAUGAUGGAGAAUCCUCCUCCUUGGCUAAAACCAUUUUUACCCCCCAAAGCAGGACCCACAGAGAUUCUAGCCCUGCAGAAAGCCAAAAAGGAGACCAACUCUAUGCCCGAAGCACCCCUUCAUCUGGUCUUCCAGGAUUCCUCCCCAGAGGACCUGAUUCUCCCGCCACCCUACCGGGCACCCCCUCCCCCUUCCGCCCCUCCAUUGGAGGCAUCGGGGGCUGCAGAAGGGGCGCCACCCCUCCCUGACGAGAGAGUCCCUGUGCACAGGCCAGCAGUGGGGACACGCGGUGGGACCCACCAGAUGGCCCCACUUCCGAAUGCGGGGCCGGCCGACUCCACCGCCCUUCCUCUCCGCUCCAUGGGGCCCCCCGAUGAGACUGGCAAACAGCUAAUGUUAUAUUGGCCAUUCUCCACCAGUGAUUUAUAUAAUUGGAAAACCCCAAAUGCAAAAUUCUCUGAUAAUCCGAGAGAUCUAAUCGGGCUUUUAGGUCCUGUUCUCUUUACCCACCAGCCUACUUGGGAGGACUGCCAACAGCUCUUGCAGGUUCUCUUCGCCACCGAGGAGAGAGAACGAAUUCAGGUGGAAGCCCAGAAGUCUGUCCUGGGAGAGGACAGACAGCCGACUCAAAACCCAGACCUCAGAAAUGCUGCCUUCCCUUUAUCCUGCCCCACCUGGGACUACAACUCAGCUGAAGGUAAGGAGAGACCCCGGGUCCACCGCCAGACUCUAAUGGCAGGCCUCCAGGCUGCCGCGCACAAGCCUACCAAUCUGGCCAAGGUCUAUGAUGUGAGACAGGGUAAGGAUGAGAGUCCAGCAGCCUUCUUAGAGAGAGUCAUAGAGGCUUUUAGACAGUACACCCCUAUGGAUCCAGAAGCCCCAGAAACAAAGGCUGCAAUUAUCAUGACUUUUGUUAACCAGGCCGCUCCGGGCAUUAAAAAGAAAUUGCAAAGAGUAGAGAGACUGGGAGAGAAGAGCUUGCAGGACUUAGUGAUAGUGGCAGAACGAGUCUAUAAUAAUAGACAAAGUCCGGAAGAACAACAAACCAAACUAAGUGACCGGCAGACCCGAAAUCUGGCCAAGAUCCUGCUGGCCACAACCAUGGACAACCCACAGGAAAGACGGAGGCACUUCAAGAAGCUGGCUUCAGGGACAGCCUGUAGCACCCAGGAGCCAAGACCUCUUCGCCUUUGAAUGGACAGACCCUGAGAAAGCAUCAA